GCUAAGGAAGUGUUCACUUUUCUGCAGCCGUGUAGUCCUGGCCUUGUUUAUAUGAGGCUGUAGAUAAGCCGGGUUAUAAAAAAAGAGUAGUGAAAUUGUUCAAAGCAGCCCAGAUAAGCGACAUUUGGGAGAGCCUGCGGUCUGACAAUGGGAGCUAACAACAGUAGCCACCGAGUGUCAUUUGAAUCAGACGAGAACGACAACAUAACGGUGGUGAAGGGCAUACGGCUUUCUGAAAAUGUGAUCAAGCGUAUGAGAGAGCCCAACGCUCCAAAUAAACAAAGUGCUCCCACUGCACCAGCCGUCACUCCACCUCCACUGCGACCUGUUCCUCCCCUUGUUGACCUCCCCACCUCCCUGCCUCCCCCCCCUCCUUUCGUAGAAGCCAUAGCACCUCCACCUGCCACCCAGUCUGUGGCAGCGCCUCUUCCCAAACCUCCCACAGAACAGCCCACAGUGGAAUCAUUAUCGUCUGCUCCAGAGUCCGAGCCAGCGGCAGUGCCUCUGUCAGGUCCAGUUUCAACACCUGCUGCGCCACCAGCAGUGAAUGAAGAAGCCCUGAGGAAGAAGAUCACUGAUGAGCUGUAUAAAGACUUGGAGCAGAAGAGGGCUAAAGCAGAGCAGGAGAUGCAAGCAUGGUAUGAUGCGGAGAAGGCCCGGGCAUCAGCUCACGUUCAGGCUGAGGCUGAGUCCAAAGUCAGGGAAGAAAUAUCCAAGAUCCUCUCUGCGGAGCGCGCCCUAACCCUAGACAGCCUCCAGCAAGCUAUCAUUAGGGAGCAGAUCAGCAGUGAGGAUGAGAGGCUUCGUACUCAGCUACUUGAACUUGAGCAGAAGGCCAAACAGCUAGAGGCAAGAGAAGCAGAUCUGAAGAAGCAGGAUGCGUUUUACCGGGAGCAGGUGGCCCGACUGGAGGAAAGGAGCGCGCAGCUCUACAAGGUCACUACAGAGAACUAUCAUAAAGCUGCAGACGAGAUAAAUGCCAAAUUCAAGAGGUAUGAAGUGAAUCCAGUAUGUGGAGACCUCCAGGGCCAGAUCCUGGGUUGCUACAAAGACAACGUUGGAAAAACCCUAAAUUGCUCCAACAUAGCAGCUCUUUACCUGCAGUGUGUUAACGAUGCCAAACAGCAUGUGCAUGCACCUUGAUGGAACGGUAACAUAACCAGUUGAGGACUGGGGGAUAAGGAUGAAGGAGAAAAAAAGGAGGAGCAAUUCUGAGUAUAUUGGGGAUUAUAGGUUGAUGGACUGACAAACUCAGUCAAAGCGGAGUAGGAGAGGAAUGAGUCAGCACCAAGACACGCACCUUCAGAACCCUGUGGAGCACCGAACCAGACUAGACACUGAACACUUUUCCUUAGUUUCUACCUUCCUCCCUACCUCUUUUACCUUUUGUCGAUCUCUCCUGUGAGUACGGCAGAGAGGCAGUGGUACUGUGUGAUGUUUUGGAUACACGGCAUGGGGGAGAACAACGGGAUACAACACGACCAAGCUUGGCCGUAAACUUUACCUCAAACUGUUAACCACCUCCAGAAAGCCAGCCUUCCCUUUCUCAGGUUCCUUGGACUGAUAUCCUCUCACCUUAACUGAUAAAAACCAAAUGUCCAUCCUAGUAAAUGUCACAUCUACUUUGUUCUCCAUCAUUUGUUGUUUUCCUGCUCCUCAUGCACAAUAAUAUAUACAAAUACACAUAUAGGCAUCUGUUACAUCUUUGCAUUUGUUUGGUUUACAGUAACUUUGUGGUGAUUUUCAUGUUAGUAUCUGUGUCAAACUUUCACAAACACCAACACCUGUUUGUUUUGAGGAAAUAAAAGUAAAAAAUUAUAA